AUGAACGGUGAAAUGCUCGAGGCCAAAACGAGCCGUGUUGACUGGUCAGAGGUCGUCGAUGUUGACACCUUUGCUCGAUUAUGUGAAUUCGCUUAUUUCAAAGACUACACACCCCCUUCAUCCCGUCUGGUGGAAGAUCGAAGUCCCCCGGAAGCCAAAAAGCCAAGCAAGAAGAAAAAGAAAUACAAAUCUCGACACUCGACUGUGAACUUGGAUGCCGAGGCUGCACCCGAGGCUGCACCCGAGCCUGAACCCGAGCCUGAAGAUUGGCCUGAACCCGAACCGUCGGAACCACCCCCGCCCGAUGACCCAGAAAUCAUGUACAAGGAGCGAAGUGUUGACACUGAACAACUACAAGACACAUUCGCAAGGAAUCUAGUCCUUUCAGGUCCAGUGUUUGAAGUGCACGAAACAAUUUCAAGUAAUUUUUCUUUUAUUUUCAUAAUAUCUUUUGGUAUUUUGAAGGGGUGA